AUGAAUGUCUUAGCGAUCCUAGAAGGUUCCAGCUGGACACCGUGUGAGGACAUAGACUUGAAAGAACUCGAAAGUGAAAACGGUUUAGAUGUCCUUUUAGCACGUUUAGACAAACAGUGGCAGUACGAUGACCGAGUGGAAACUAACAACAUUUUCGACAACUUUUUCUUCAAGGUUCAACGGAAGACUGGCCAAACUCUCAUGGAGUAUGUCACAGAGUUUCAUCAAGCCUUGAGGGAAGUCUCACGUCUGAAGGUGUCUUUGCCUGAUGAGAUCACAGGCUGGCUGCUUCUGAGGCGUGCCGCACUCACCAAGGAUCAGCAGCAUCUUGUGCAAACUCAGGUCGGCAGAAACUUCACCCUGAAGAAUGUCGAGCAGAGCAUGUAUCAGGUGUUCGGCCAGGACUACAGGCAGACCUACUUGCCCAACACCAACAAGGCCAAGGGCUUUGCGAAGGGCAAGGGCCGUCAACAUAUCAUGCAUGCUGAUGAUUCAUGUGAUGAUGGGAGUGAAUGGCAAGAGUACUAUGAGACCGAUGAGGUCUACUGGGAUGCAGCUGGCGAGUCACCUGACCAUGAAGAAUACUAUGAUCCAAAUGAUGAGACGUGGGAUGAUACCUACUAUGAGACUGAAGAGUCCUACCAGGAUGAAUCGCUCUUUGACAUCCAAGAGUAUGAUGAGGCCUACACGGCCUACACCGAUGCCAAGCAGCGCAUACAGCAGCUUCGUCAGGCCAGAGGCUUCUAUCCAGUUGUGGCUCUCAUCGACAACAAGCAGAUGCCUCUUGCUGCGUCAGGCGCUGGAAGUCCGAAAGGCAAGGGCAAAAAGUCAAAGAAACCCACCGAAGCUCCACCGUAUGCUAAGGGUAAGGGUCCUAAGGCUAGAGCCAAGUCUUUCUUUGGCAAAGAUGUUUGUUUGCGUUGUGACAAAACUGGCCAUCGAGCGGCCAACUGCACUCAACCCUCGAGCUCUUCGGCAUCGGGCUCCAGCAAGAAGCGUGUCAUUGAUCUUGAUCCCAUGGUGAACAUGGUCUUCCAUCAGCAGUCUUCUUCAUCUGGCGAGAAUGACGAGUUCUUUGAGACUGAAGAGGCCUACGCACAGGGCGAAGCACUGGUGCGAGCUGGUCGAUACGACGAGAUGCAGUCCGAGGUUCAGUUCGCCGAAGAUCCUGAUGAUGAGGUUUUCUAUGAAGUUGAAAGCUACAUGAACGUGGAGGACGACGCCUCUGACGAGAUCUUCAGCAAGAAUGAAGUGGUCGAACGAGACCAAUGUGCGAUGACCAAGACAUGGGUCUGGAUGCAGGGCCAACUGACUGCAACCAAUCGUCGCACAGCAGCUCUGGCGAAUGAAGCUCGAGAUCCUGCUCAACCCAGGAAGAAGCUCAUUUGGGAGGUCUACAGUGGCACAGGUCUUCUUGGCGAAAUGGCUGAACUCAUGGGUGCCGAAGUCAUGCGAUUUGGGCUUCCCAACGGCUGGGACUUUACCAAGUCAUCUCAUCGAUCAGCUCACCCGAAGAUCAACCAGACCUUCAAGAUCAACAGAUCCAUGAGCCAGAUCAACUACACCAACAACCUGUGCAAGUACCACAACAACCUGUUCCCCUACAACAGCAGCAAGAUCAACAACACCAACAACCUUCUCAAGCACCACAGGAACCUGAUUCCGUGCAACCGGACAUACAACCGCAACCCACAAACUCAACAGCAAAUCCCCCUGUUGAUCCAAGUGACCCACACCCGGAUGACACACUGA